AUGAUCAUAUUUAAAUGCCAUUGUGGUUUCAGAUCUAGCACAAAGAAUAAGAUAUAUUUCCCUAAUAUAUCAAUAUUGAACGAGUUCUCCGAAUACUCAAAAGAAUGGAUAUCAAGGAUAUUGAAACCAGAUCCAAGUGUUUUGUUUGUUGAUACAGAUUCUGUUCCUAUGCGAGAAGGAAAGAAUAUGUCAUCUAAAAACAAUGUUGGAGAAGGCUCUGUUGUUUCUAUGAUUGUUUCUGCAAUGAUACUUGCAGGAAUAAGUACAGAAUCGAUCGGUGUCAUCACUCCUUACAGAGCACAAGUUAUAUUCAUAAGGAAAGCUCUUCAAGCACAGAUUUCUUGUUGUUCUAAAUAUUUCCCACACAUGGCAGGAAAUCCAAGUGAAAUUGCAAGCUCGAUUGAAGUUGACACAGUUGAUAAAUACCAAGGACGAGACAAGGAAUGUAUCAUUAUAUCAACUGUUAAAUCGAAUGAGAAGAAAUCUCCUGGAGCACAUGCUUCUGACUGGCAGAGAAUGAAUGUUGCAAUCACAAGAGCGAAAACUAAGUUGAUUUUCGUUGGCUCGAGAUCUACUUUGGAAAACUCUCCUUUCUUUGAACACUUGUUUGAUUUGUUGUCUGAUAACAACUUCUUCAGUUUGCCUCUCUCAGUAAAUGAAGGCGAGUCAAAGCCAUUUAGGAGUAUCGAUUCUUCACAAUCAUUGAGUAACAUUGAUACUCAAGACUAUUAA